GUGUCGGUGUUGACCAGCAAGGGAAACGUUGGCGACGCCCCACGACUACCGACGACCUCCUGCUCUUGCGACCACGCCCACCUCCCCACCCCCUUCCCGUCCGGCUGCGUCAUGACGUCACCCUGCAUCAGCACCCACGGAGCAGUCGCAGCCAUUUUACUCGGCCAAAUAAACUUCAGUCUCAUUGCCGGAGGGCAGCAAAACAUCACAGAGGACAAGCCUCUUGUCACCAACGAAUCUAUCACCAUGACCGCCAAGUCGGAUACUUCGGACUUUCUGGUGUUGCCCAUUUGGUAGCAACCCCACUUGGCCCGAAAGACGGUGACCUAUCAUACAUACUUGCUGCUUGCCCCGGACACUCUCGGACAUCCUCGAUUUCUCUCCUGAAGGCAGGAUGGAGCCGCAGGCUUCCCGGGAGCUUCUCGGGGCAGAUGGGAUGUGUUUGCUGGUGCCAAGUCCCCAGAGUGAAGCAGUGACGCAUGAGAUGGAGGAGUUGUCACUGCAGCCCACCCAGAAUCUGCCGCCGCUCAAUGAACGCAAAAACGUCUUGCAGUUGAGACUUCAACAAAGACGAACUCGGGAGCAGUUGGUGGAUCAGGGCAUCAUGCCACCCCUGAAAAGCCCGGCUGCGUUCCAUGGGCAGAUUCGCAGCUUGGAGAGAGCCAGGACUGAAAAUUUUCUGAAGCAUAAGAUCCGCAGUCGUCCAGAGAGAUCAGAACUGGUCAGGAUGCACAUUUUACAAGAGACUGGAGCCGAGCCGUCACUCCAGGCCACCCAAAUGAAGCUGAAAAGAGCCCGGCUGGCGGACAACCUGAAUGAGAAAAUAGCCCAAAGACCCGGUCCCAUGGAGCUGGUUGAGAAGAACAUCUUGCCUGUGGAUUCGAACCUUAAAGAGGCCAUCAUAGGUCAGGUGAACUAUCCCAAGGUCAUGGAUGAGGACAGCAGUGAAGCCUUGUCCCCGGAGCAGCCCGCCAGCCAAGAGUCUCAGAGCUCUAUGCCCUCACCCGGGGACAUCAAAUCCCCAGAAAUUCCCUCGCCGGCCCCACCUCCUUCAGGCCCCCCCGUAUUGAAGUCCCCCCUAGCUGCCACACAAUCCACUACAGACUCGAUGAGGGUGGUCACUACUAAUGAGCAGACUACAAGCCGCCCGGUCAUUUCUCACGCUCAACCAGUCACUACAAGCACUCCCUGCAAGCCUGGCCCAACAUUGGUGAAGCAAAGCCAGCACAAACUGCCUUCUGAGAAGAUUCGCAGUAAGAAAAGCAAAGACGCCAAGCCAAGAGUGAAAAAGCUGAAGUACCACCAGUACGUUCCACCGGACCAGAAACAGGAGCCCAGCGAGGCCCCAAUGGACUCCUCCUAUGCCCGACUUCUACAGCAACAACAGCUGUUCCUCCAACUGCAGAUACUCAGCCAGCAACAGCAACACUACAACUAUCAAACUAUAUUACCAGCCCCACUCAAACCGGUGGCAGAAGGCCAAAGCAGCAACGCCGGCGGUAUACCGGCCUCCAUUGUGGUUUCUUUACCCACUGCACCUCCACUGCCCACUAUGCCCUUAGCCCGACAGAACAACUCACUAUCGAGCCGCAAGCCCGGAGUCUUGCCUGCAAACCUGGAGGAGAUGAAGGUAGCCGAACUCAAACUGGAGCUCAAGCUGCGCGGCCUCCCCGUCUCAGGAACUAAAACCGAUCUGAUCGAAAGGCUGAAGCCCUUCCAAGAUCUACCCAGCUCCACAGCUCCCGCCACUUGUCCCACACCCGUUCCUACCACUCUGACCGCCAUCCCCAUGGAGACUACCACGACCAGCCCCGCCGUUGUCCAUCCACCCAUGAAGGGAGCUUCUGAGAACAUGAGCGCCACACCCCCAGUGUCCCCUGUCCCUACUGAUCCAUUCACCCUCCACCAGGAUGCCGGCAUGUCCGAAGUUCAACCCGAAAUGCAGUUGGCGUAUUCUGGCUCAAGAGGGCCCGGAUCCUCGCCUCUCUCUGAUUUGAGAGUACCUGAGAAGGACAGGAGGCUUCAUGAGAAGCAGCGACAGAUUGAAGAGUUGAUGAGGAAGCUUGAGCAGGAGCAGAAGUUGGUGGAGGAGCUCAAGAUGCAGCUGGAGGUAGAGAAGAGAAGUCAGAGCAGCUGUACCACCAACGUUCCAUCACUAGCUUCCAAGCUCACCACUGUUUCAUGUUCAAUUAGCCCCGUUUCAACAAUCCUGAACGCCAACGCUGUAAAACCAGAGAAAACGGUCUUGACAAACUGCUCUCCAGUUUCCUUUCCGAGCUCGAUGCUGGGCUCCCAGACUCUCACAUCCCCACAGCAAACUACGGUCAAAUUGGAGGACGUGACUCUUUCUUCUGGAAAGCCAAUUCAGCUUCAACCCCAAACUCGGCUUCUCACCCAAAACAAGGACCAAGUAAGCACUAGCCCACAGCUCCUCUACCAUUCCCAGAGAAGUCCCAAACUUAAGACCCAGCCGCAGUCCCAACCUACCACCCCCAAUCUGCAGCAGUUCUUCAUCAGCCAUCCCGCGGGGAUGUCCCAGGUGCUCGGUCAACCGCAGACCUUGUUAACCACAUCUGGACAGACUCCGACUCUGCUGACGACAAGUGGCCAGACUGGAACUCAGAUCCUGCUCCCUGUGUCACUGCCCAACAAUGCCACCGCCAUCCAGCUGCCAAGCGCCACUGUCAGCCUGCAGCCUGUCCUUCAGGCUACUGUCUCAAAUCCGGGCCUCGUCCAGACCUCCAUUCCUCAGCCUCGGAGCACCAAAAUGGAAACGUCCCCGAAGCAGCAGUUGGCCAACCACAACUCAUUGCUGCAGGUUCGCCACGCCACACAACAAGAUGCAAGACAAACUUUGACAUUGCGCAAUAAUACGACUGACGCGGAGAAGCAUCCUAGGCCUGAGAUAAAUCCUCAGUGUUUCCUGGGGAGCUCCCCAGACAGAAGGGCCUCUCCUCGGACUUCUCCCAACCACGUCUCGAAUGGGCCACUGAAUAAGCCUUCCUCUCCGCAGCCGACCUUCAUCCUCCAGCCUGCGUCUCUUCUUUCCCAGCCUCCCAAGACACGGGAGCCUCCUCGCUAUGAGGACGCUGUCAAACAGAGCCGCAACCUGCAUGUCAACAACGCGUCACAGGUUGCCAUGGCGACCAGUCAGCAGAUGGAUGACUUGUUUGACAUUCUCAUACAGAGUGGAGAAAUCACUCCAUUCAUCCAGCAUGACCCUCCACUGUCUCUCAACAAGACUCACCCAGUCACAGCCAACAUCACCACCCUUCCAGUCAACACCGUCCUCUCCAGGCACCCUCCCCAGAUCCAGGUGGCCCCCCCUCCAACCUUGAGUCCGGCCAUCGACCCCAGCCUGGCCAACCUCUGCUCGCUGGCCACCGAUAACCAGCUCGAGGCCUUCCUGGAGAGGACGCUGGCCGACGCGCCGGCGGCCUCCGACCCUCGCACCCGGGGCUUGAUGGAGGAGCUGCAGGCGCAGCUGAUGGACCAUCAGCCCUACUCGCCCAUGGACACAUCCGACCUGUCCUUCUGCGACCCCUCCUCUCCCCCUACCUCGCUCAAUAUCGGCCUCCCUGACCCGACACUAGACAACAUGGAAUGGCUGGACCUCACCAUGCCACCGGUUCCCGGUGGGGCACUCACGCCGCUCGGGAUCCCGACGGAUUUCCUGGACACGCAUGACCUGCAACUGCACUGGGACUGAGGAGUGAAGACGAGAAGAGCGAGGGUUGAGUAGCAAAGAGCCAACUGGAAGAAAGAGGGAUGAAUAGGAGAGCAUUCACGAAACACAGCCACUGUACAGGCAGUGCACUGAUUUGCACAGCUUUCAUUGAUGAUGUCACUUGUAUGGCGAUUGGAGGGGGAGGGGUAAAGAAGGGAUAACGAUUGUUUGGAGCAGCAAAAAAGAGGUGGAACCAAAGGAAUUCUAGUAGCAAGGACUUUUUGUAUGUACAGGUUGUCCGCAAUCUCCAGGCCUGGCUCAUGUCCAGUGGUACUGACGGAUGCUGUUCAAAAAUGAGGUCGUUCUAACACAAGGAGAAGUAAAAUUGGAUGAUACUGACCACUCCACUCCCUUCCAUUACUUCAAGCUGUGGGAAGGAUCAGGCCGAUCCAUCCCAUCCUGUAUGUUUGUCCAUUUAUCAAAUGUGACUUGUUACACUGUCAUGGCGCUGACGAACCGAUUGAAGUGGACGCAGGACUCUAUGGAGAGCCGAUUGAGCUAAUACCCCCCCCCCCCCAACCCCACCCCUGAUAACCAGUUUAACCCUUUCAUGCGCCAGGAAUGACAAGCUGAUAACAUGAUAGGCUGUCCACUGUCGUAACCGCUGCCCCUGAAAUGGUUAAGGUCAAUCCAGCACACCAUUUUAUUUAUUUUUUCCCCUCCCAAUAAAUGAUCAAAAGGCUUUCCAUAAGGAUGCUCCUGUGACCACGUGGGAGCUAUGCACUAAAGAGGCACCUUGUCGGUCGCCUCAAAAUUACGCUUCAAAACUACGCUAAUGUGAACUCUACAUAUCACCAGUUGUCCGAAAACGAUUUUACAAGACGAGAUUUCUUAUCGGGUCUUUUUGUUUUGAAUGUAUUCUGCAACGAUGAUGAAUUAAGAUUUUGUUUUUUUUUUGGGCACAUAACGCCGGCAGCUUUUGUGACGAACAAAUAGGGAAAGGGAACAAACAAUGACACGCUUCCAGUCGGUGUGGCUGAAGAUGCAUCAGUGUUCAGAGACGUUGACUUCCGUAUCUUAACUGUCCUGCAGUAUCAUUACACUUUGUGAGUGUGUGUGUGUGUGUGUGUCAGGAGUAUGAAUACUGUGGUAUCUCUAAAGUUGACCUCAGUGAUGGUGGUUGACUUCUGAAUUAUUUCCAUUUUAAAACCACUUUCCCAUUGGACACGUUAGCAAUUGGAUUCGCUUGUCCCUGAGUCCAAACUUAAAUUAUCGUGACAGGAGUGUUAAAAAAAAAAAAGACAAUAUAUAUGUUGAUAUAUUAUUAGCUUUUUCUCCUCCCACAAGCUUUUAAACGUGACAAAAAAAUGAUCACCUGUUCCCACAUCUCACACACAGUUCUGUAAAUGCAGUCAGGGACAAACCACGCUUGCUUCAACACCAAAAUAUUCGACCAAAAUAUAUAAUUUCCUCUGAUAGCUUAAUGCUAAUUUAGGAUCUGAAAUGCCAUAAAUGGGCUUAUGGAUUAGCAUUGAUGUUUUGUAAUUGUAAACCUUCAAACAAUUGCUAGUUGAACACGCUGGGCAGCAACAGACAAGACAACAUUUGUGUUCAUGUGCCUAAGAGGAGAUUCUCUUCACAUUUCGGGCUUACAACUUUGCUGUGGGCUUUUGUAAUUAUUAAUGUGACUUAUAAUUGUCCUGUUUUAUUAUUGUACCGUCGUCAUCCCACUUUGGUCAUCACCCGCACUCUUCUGUGGUGUCAUUCCGCAAAUGCCAAAGACAAAUCAACACCUUUUUUUUUUUAAUGCAUAAAUGCUGAUCACAAUUGUCAGAUUCUUUUUUUUUUAACUUGAGGUUCCGCUGCACAAAACAAUGAGACCGAGCUGGUCAGGAAGAACAAACGGUUGUAAAGUCGCGCCGCUGUGGCGUGUGCCAGUGAGUUGCAUGCGCUUUGUGCGUCGUCUUUUCCGUCUCCCGUGUGCAUGACCGUUCUCGAAGUAUUGUUGCGAGAACAAAAUGUGCUACCAUGAUCAAAUCGAUGAGUCAAGUAACAAAAGGCUUCCAACAACUGUUUUCUUGACUGUUUAGGGUGCAAACAUGUCCUGAAACCCUGAGAGGUGCCAGCAAAGAGGGCUCUGAAACCUUGUCUGCGUCAUAUCUCAAAUUUGAGCAUCUCUUGUCCACGUUUUCACUUCACGCUUAGUUUUCAACUUAAAUGCUAGAAAUGGUGUAUCGGGCUUGAUUUAUACUCCCGAAUUUCGGUUUAAUUUUUUUUUACUGUAUAUUUCCAUCUCUUUCAAAAACGCAUAUCGGAUAAGGCUGACGGAUCAAAACGAAUCGUGCCACUUGAGUCUUCAAAUCGGAGUUUGUCAUUUGUCCCAAACAGUGCAAAUACAUUUUAUGGCCUAAGGACACAAAUCAGAAUGGCGUAUUUCAUGUCAGUACUGUAGCGGCACAGUGACGCAGUGUAUGUGCACAAAAGCCAACAAUACCUGAGCCAAACUCUAAACUUUCAAAACCCGUUUGUCCAACAUCUGUGCACCAACAAAAUAUUAAGUUGUAGAGAGUUUUGUAUAGAUAUGUAAAAGUAAGCUCUGUAUUGUCAAGCCAACUUUUUCUUUUGUUUCCACAUUGCUGAGUGUUAGUGUUAAAUCAUUUUGAUAUGUUUAUUUUUUUUUUCUUUCUAUGUUCUGUCAUUUCGGAUAUCUGCCGCAGUCACGCAGGCGAUCCGAGUGUCACUGGCCAGUUGAGGACAGCUCAUACUGUAGUGAUUACGGCUGCUCCUUUUCUCGAUGUACUGUAAUGUUAAUGCAGAUUUUCGUAUUAACACACUCAGAAUGACUUCAGAUCAAAACUCUUGUCAAACCGCCCCCUCUUGUAGACUGCGAGGUUUAUCGCCAUGGUAAAGUUUGGAAAUUUUCACGGUGUAGUGACAAUAUUCUGCGCGCGGGAAAAUGAAGCACAAGUGAGCUUCUGGCCCUUCUGCAGCCGAUCCCUUGAUUGAAGCUUCCAGUCGUCCUUCUCCCAUUGCCUUUUGUUGUUCGUAUGCCAUACGUUUUGCACAUGAUGUACAUAUUUCUAUACAGUAGAUGUAAUGCAUAUUUUUAUACGUGUGACAUCCACGGGCUCUCUCUAUUUUGUAAAUACUACAAAAAAGGUUGUAUGCCUUUUAUGUGACAAUAAAAAUUUGGUGUACUACGAA